CUUUUCUCCCAGCCGCGGGAACCUGGAGUUCAGGAGUUCCCUGAGCGCCUGCGCGGGGGGCCCGCAGAGGCGCCAGCGAACCGCGGGGUGAGCAGGGAGCAUGCGUAACGCGGCUCGACGGAGCGGAGGAAAAAGCCGCGAGACGCUGCGGAGAAGAUGGCGGUCCUGAGGCAGAAUUUGCAAUCUUCCUGACUGGGCUAGUCGAACAGCUUAUUCGGGUCAUGGCGUCAAACUCAACUAAGUCUUUCCUGGCAGAUGCUGGGUAUGGUGAGCAGGAACUGGAUGCUAAUUCUGCCCUUAUGGAAUUGGACAAAGGUCUGAGAUCUGGCAAGCUCGGAGAACAGUGUGAAGCAGUAGUUCGCUUUCCUAGGCUUUUCCAGAAGUAUCCAUUUCCCAUUCUGAUCAAUUCUGCAUUCCUAAAGUUAGCUGAUGUUUUCAGAGUUGGAAACAAUUUCCUCAGACUGUGUGUACUUAAAGUUACCCAACAAAGUGAGAAGCAUUUGGAGAAGAUUCUGAAUGUGGAUGAGUUUGUGAAAAGAAUUUUUUCAGUGAUUCAUAGUAAUGAUCCUGUGGCCAGAGCCAUCACACUCCGGAUGUUGGGGAGUCUGGCGUCAAUAAUCCCUGAGAGGAAGAACGCUCACCACAGCAUUCGGCAGAGCCUGGACUCACGCGAUAACGUGGAGGUGGAAGCUGCCGUCUUUGCGGCUGCAAACUUCUCUGCACAGUCCAAGGAUUUUGCUGUAGGAAUCUGUAACAAAAUCAGUGAAAUGAUUCAAGGUUUAGCUACCCCGGUGGACUUGAAGCUGAAGCUGAUCCCUAUCCUGCAGCACAUGCACCAUGACGCCAUCCUGGCUUCCAGUGCACGCCAGCUCUUGCAGCAGCUGGUCACAUCCUACCCCUCCACCAAGAUGGUGAUCGUUUCUUUGCACACUUUCACUCUGCUUGCAGCCUCAUCUUUGGUUGAUACGCCCAAGCAGAUUCAGCUGUUGUUGCAGUAUUUGAAGAAUGAUCCCAGGAAAGCCGUAAAAAGACUUGCGAUUCAAGAUCUGAAAUUACUUGCCAGUAAAACACCACACACUUGGAGUAGGGAGAAUAUUCAGGCACUCUGUGAAUGUGCCCUCCAAACUCCGUAUGACAGCCUGAAGCUCGGGAUGCUGUCUGUCCUCUCCACAUUAUCAGGGACCAUCGCCAUCAAGCAGUACUUCAGCAUAGCGUCGGGAAAUGUAAGUUCCUCUCCAAGAUCCUCUGAUUUAGUCAAAUUAGCCCAGGAGUGCUGUUACCAUAAUAACAGGGGCAUUGCAGCUCAUGGAGUAAGAGUUCUAACUAAUAUAACUGUCUCUUGUCAAGAAAAAGAUCUCUUGGCACUGGAGCAAGAUGCUGUCUUUGGCCUGGAAUCACUUCUGGUGCUUUGUAGUCAAGAUGAUAGCCCAGGUGCUCAAGCCACUUUAAAGAUUGCACUCAACUGCAUGGUGAAGCUGGCCAAGGGCAGGCCCCACCUCAGCCAGUCGGUAGUGGAGACCUUGCUGACUCAGUUGCACAGCGCCCAGGAUGCUGCGCGUGUCCUGAUGUGUCAUUGCCUGGCAGCCAUUGCCAUGCAGCUGCCUGUGCUGGGUGACGGGAUGCUUGGUGACCUCGUGGAGCUCUACAAGGUGAUCGGACGCUCAGCCACGGACAAGCAGCAGGAGCUUCUGGUGAGUUUGGCCACGGUGAUUUUCGUGGCCAGCCAGAAGGCAUUGUCUGCUGAAGUCAAGGCCGUGAUUAAGCAGCAGCUUGAAAGUGUCUCCAAUGGGUGGACCGUGUAUCGCAUCGCCAGGCAGGCCUCCAGGAUGGGUAAUCAUGAUAUGGCCAGAGAGCUUUAUCAGAGCCUGCUGACUCAGGUUGCCUCGGAACACUUCUACUUCUGGCUGAACAGUUUGAAGGAGUUCUCACAUGCAGAGCAGUGCCUCACUGGGCUGCAGGAGGAGAAUUACAGCUCAGCACUGUCUUGCAUUGCCGAGGCUUUAAAGUACUACCACAAGGGGAUUGCUUCCUUGACAGCUGCCAGUACCCCACUGAAUCCUUUAAGUUUUCAGUGUGAAUUUGUGAAACUCAGGAUUGAUCUUCUACAAGCCUUCUCGCAACUCAUCUGUACCUGUAAUAGCCUAAAGACAAGCCCUCCCCCAGCAAUUGCCACUACAAUUGCCAUGACCUUAGGAAAUGACCUUCAGAGAUGUGGUCGCAUCUCCAAUCAGAUGAAACACUCCAUGGAGGAAUUCAGAGCCCUGGCUUCCCGAUAUGGAGAUCUGUAUCAAGCAUCUUUUGACGCUGACUCGGCCACAUUGAGGAAUGUAGAGCUACAGCAGCAGAGCUGCUUACUGAUAUCUCACACAAUAGAAGCCCUGAUUUUGGAUCCAGAAUCUGCAAGUUUCCAGGAGUACGGGUCUGCGGGAGCAGCCCAUGCUGACAGUGAAUAUGAGCGGAGGAUGACGGCUGUGUACAGUCGUGUCUUGGAGGAGGUGGAGUCACUGAACCGGAAGUACAGCCCUGUCUCAUACAUGCACACGGCUUGCCUCUGCAAUGCCAUCAUUGCCUUGCUGAAAGUUCCCUUGUCGUUCCAGAGAUACUUCUUCCAGAAACUGCAGUCUACCAGCAUCAAGCUUGCUCUGUCGCCAUCACCCCGGAACCCUGCAGAGCCCAUUGCCGUCCAGAAUAACCAGCAGCUGGCGCUGAAGGUGGAGGGAGUGGUUCAACAUGGAUCAAAACCAGGACUCUUUCGCAAAAUCCAGUCUGUCUGCCUAAAUGUUUCUUCCACACUGCAGAGUAAAUCUGGUCAAGACUACAAGAUACCCCUUGACAGCAUAACCAAUGAGAUGGAGCAGAGGGUUGAGCCCCAUAAUGAUUACUUCAGCACCCAGUUUCUUUUGAACUUCGCCAUCCUGGGAACGCACAGCAUCACAGUGGAGUCCUCAGUGAAGGACGCUAAUGGCAUCGUAUGGAAAACUGGCCCUAGAACGACCAUAUUUGUGAAGUCCCUGGAAGACCCUUAUUCCCAGCAGAUUCGCCUACAGCAGCAGCAAGCCCAACAGCCGUUGCAGCAGCAGCAACAGCAGCAGCAGCAGCGAAACGCCUAUACACGAUACUGACCUCAUGGGGACGGCACUGCAGACUCUUGCUAUACCUGUCAGAGGCCAAGAUAGUUUGCUUGCCUUUGUUUUUGGUACCAAGAAUCAAACUCAGGACCUCUUGCUUACCAGGCAAGCACUGUACCACUGAGUUCCCAGUCCCUAGUUUACUUUCUUAUGUGGAUUGUGAAGUUCACAUUGAUUUCUAUAAUGUAACAUUUCGGAAAAUGGUGGGGUUAUUUUACCCCCCUUUAAAAAUUUUUGAUUAAGUGAUAAUGUAAGUUCUUAGCCAAAAAGACUUCUUUUUCUUAUUUCUUCUUACAUUAAGUCUUUUACCUCAUAUUUAACAGUUUGGUGGUUUUUCUGUUUUCUAUUGCUAAGCCGUUUCUCCUUUUAAGAAUAGUCCUCCAUUGGGAUCAUGGAAUUAUUAAGUGUGACUGUGUCUCUGCCUUGGAACACAUCAUGCACUGUCCAACUUGGCAGGAAUCGGAACUGGGCGUUGAGCUCUUCAUACAACCGCAGAAGCUGAGCCCCCCAUGGGGGCCCUGGAUGUGUCUGACACCCCGAACCCCUGGAUCCUGGGGUCUGCAGCCCUGCAGGAUUGAAGCAUCCUGCUGCUGUAUUAUUUCAGCCAAGGCUUUGUGCUGAUGCAACUUGAAUUUACUGUUCUGGUGUCUUACUCACAUGAAGAGCAGCUAGCAGUUAAUAACUGGAGAUUACUGAUUUGUUGAGUGUUUUCAGUGUGUGUGACUAUGUCAUAAAAAUAUUGUUUCCAGAAGUGAAAAGGUAGCUUCAUGUUUUAAGUUAAAGGGAGCAGACCUUUUCUUU